AUGGGUUCACGCCUCGAGAAGAACUCCUCGCAAGUGAGGAAACGCAUCGAGGGACACACUUUUGAGGACGAGGAGGGAGAAGAAUAUGAGCCCAGCAAAUUCGGGGGCUUUGACGACUACUUCCGCCGAAAGAAGAUCAAGCUUCAGAACCUCGAUGCGAACCUGCGCGCGGCCUCCUCGGACAAGCCGCCACUCUUCAAGGGGAUCGUCGCCCACGUGUCGGGUUACACGCAGCCCUCCUUGAGCGUACUUCACCGUGAGCUCGUCCAGCAUGGCGCCGGCUUCCUUCAGUACCUCGACGGGAAGACUAUGGCGACGCACAUUGUCGCCUCUACGCUUCCGCCUAAAAAGGCCGUCGAGUUCAGCCGCUACAGGAUCGUCAAGCCGGCGUGGGUCAUGGACUCGAUCAAGGCCGGCAAGCUCCUUCCCUGGACCGACUACCGGGUUUUGGAUGAUGGACCAAAGCAGAAGAUUAUGAACUUUAGCGGAGGCAGCUUCCUCAGCCAGGCGACGCCUAGGAAUCAGACUGGGUACAAGGAGCAGUCUCGCGACAGCUUUUACGCGAAUGAAUUUGCCAACUCGGCGAGCAAGUCGCAGACUCCGAUGAAAACGCAGCAUGCCGGCGUGCAUCAAGAAACGCCCUCCAGGGCACCAGUGCAGAGGCCGCAAAGCUCGGCAGCACCAAGCCAUCCCAGCUCGUCCGGCCAGUACAGCGAUGGAUUUGAUGAUUCGGUCUUUGAUCAGAUGGAAAUCGAAAUGCCAGAUUCUCUGGCUGACACGCAGAGGACCACACCGACAGCGAAACCGCUCGCCACACAAUCGCCGGCACCACUUGCUGUGGUUCGCGAAGAGGCGGCGAGGCCCAUGUCUAGGGAACUUCAACUAGAUCCACCUGAGAAGAAGGAGCCGUCUAACGACCCAGACUCCAGAGCAGACGAGCUGGUGGUGCCUCAGGUGUCCGAUGGGAAGAUGCCCGAGAACAUGACUUCUGAAGAACACAAUGCCUGGCUCCUCUCCGAUCCGCGCAUGCGGAAAUCCUCCACGGCCAACCCGAAUUUCUUGCAACAGUACUAUGCUGAAAGUCGACUUCAUCACCUGUCGACUUGGAAAGCGGAGCUCAAAUCGAAGAUGCAACGCUUGGCCAAAGAGGCCGAGUCGGGCAUUAAGAUAGCCAAGCGCAAGCCGGGAUCUCGACGGUACAUACUUCACGUCGACUUUGACAGUUUCUUCUGCGCUGUGUCGCUGAAAAAGCACCCCGAGCUCGUCGACAAGCCCGUGGUCAUCGCGCACAGCCCGGGCCACGGCUCUGAGAUUGCCAGCUGCAACUACCCGUCGCGAAAAUUCGGCGUCAAGAAUGGCAUGUGGAUGAAAAGGGCCGUGGAGCUGUGCCCUGAGCUCAAGGUUCUGCCGUAUGACUUUCCUGCCUACGAAGAAGCGAGCGCUCUGUUUUACGAAGCCAUCUUGACCGUCGGGGGUAUCGUGCAGAGCGUCAGUGUGGAUGAGGCACUGUUGGAUGUCAGUGCCGCGGUGUAUGAUGGCGUUGGCUCUGAUGGCGGGGCCGUCGAUGAGGGCAGCAUAUGGCGGGAGCAAGACUUCGCGGACGCUCUCGCUCUCGACCUGCGCAAGAAGAUCAAGGCGAAAACGGAUUGCGACGUCUCGGUUGGAAUCGGUGGCAACAUUCUCCAGGCAAAAGUGGCAUUGCGACGUGCAAAGCCUGCGGGCCAGUAUCAGCUGAAGCCCGACGACGUCCUCGACAUGAUUGGAGAGCUGGAGGUCAGGGGCCUUCCAGGCGUCGCUCACAGCAUGAGCGGCAAGCUUGAGGAGGUCGGCAUCAAGUUCGUCAAGGACAUUCGGUCGUUUUCCAAGGAAAAGCUAUCAGGCACUCUGGGACCCAAGACUGGUGAGAAGCUCUGGGAGUACGCGCGAGGCAUCGAUCGCACAGAAGUCGGCGAGCAGGCGGCCCGCAAGUCCGUCUCGGCAGAGGUCAACUGGGGCAUCCGCUUCAUCAACCAGGCAGAGGCCGAGGAGUUCAUCAUGAAUCUCUGCAAGGAGUUGGAGCGUCGCUUGCUCAACGAGCAGGUGAAGGGAAAACAGUUGACGCUCAAGGUCAUGCGCAGAUCGCUUGAUGCGCCUCUGGACCCUGCCAAGCAUCUCGGACACGGCAAGUGUGACACGUUCAACAAGAGUAUUGUUUUCGGGGUGGCAACGCACAAUGGCGAGACCAUUGGCAAAGAGGCCGUGUCGAUACUGCGCUCUCUCAAGCUGAGGCCUGGCGACCUGCGAGGACUGGGUGCGCAAAUGACCAAGUUGGAACCGAUCAAGACGGGGCCAACGGCUGUGGAUGGAAGCCAGAAGCGGCUGGCCUUCCCAACCUUCAGUGCUCCGGCGUCGGCCAAGAAGUCGAAGACGGACCCUAUUGAAGAAAUGGAAAGCCCACAGAAGAAGAAGGGUGGCAAAGAGUUCGCCGAGGACCCCAUCGCCGACGACCCUCUGACGCCGAAAAAGCCGAAACCUGUGCAUCCAGCGCUGGCCAUCGCGCGCGCCGGCGCAGUUGAUGCCAAGGCUACAACACCCCUGAACAUUGCCGGCACGCAGUUCGUCAUGCCAACGCAAGUCGAUCCCACGGUCCUCGCCGAACUGCCCCAGGACAUCAGGUCCAAACUUCAGUCGAGGCAGCCACCCCUAUCCUUUGCCAGAGCAGCCUCCCCGGCUACCAGGCCUCGUAGCCAAAGUCCCGCCGUCUUCGAUGCGCCGCCACCCUCCCAAGUGGACCCUGAAGUCUUCAACGCGCUGCCCGACGACAUGAAAGCCGAGGUUCUCGCGUCUUACGGCCGCCGACCUACGCCGGUGCCCAUGCCGCAGUCGCCCCGCCGCGACAGAAUCAUCCAGGCCAAAAAGGCCACGACACCCACGAGGCGGGGCCGCGGGGCCGCUCGCAAAACGCGAGAGCGCCUCCACGACGCCGCCGCCAACCGCAUGCAGACGAACUUCAUGCCGCGCCAGGCAGAUGCCGCCGCCUCACAGGAGGACCUACAGGAGCUUGAUCCCGAUUUCCUGGCGGAGCUACCGGAAGAACUGCGACGCGAGGUCGUCGAAGACCACCGGCGCAAGCGGCUCGCGCGCAGGGGCGGUCUGAACUUGGCGGCACCGGCGCGCAGGCCUCAGCAGGCCGAGGCGUCGGGGGCGCCGUCGUCGAACGGAAAACUGCGGUUCCCAGCGGCACCGCCCAAGAUUGACUUUACGGGCACUGGUGUGACGGCAGUGGCGGACGUCAAAGACAUGCUCGAGGCGUGGCACGGGCAGUCGAAGGAGGAGGGGCCGCACAAGGCAGACGUGCAGAUGUUUGCGACAUAUCUCGGCAAGGUCGUACUCGAGGAGAGAAACAUGAACAAGGCCGUGCAGCUGGUGAAGUGGGUGGAUUUCCUCACGAGCACGGAUCCGGGGACUGGGCCUGGCAAGCGCGGAUGGCAGAAGGCCCUGGCUGGGGUCAAGCACGAGGUGCAAGAGGCCGUCAAGCAGAGGGGGUUGGGGCCCGUCAGCUUUUGA